AAACUCAAUAAAAGAAAAAAGAAAAGAAAAAAGAAACCCCACAAAAAACCCAACGUCCCCUCCACUUUGUUUCGAAAAACCUCGUGGCUUGUUGCGACUCGUCCCCGACUCGCCGGAACUCUAUUAACUCGCCCCUCUCUUACUCACUCCUGCCAUGGCCUUCCAUUUCUCAACUUAAAAGCUCCUUCGUUUUUUCUUCAAAGCUCAUUUUUUAAAAUAUAAUUUUUUUAACUUUUUCUCUGAGAGAGAGAGAGAGAGAGAGAUGUAUGUGGUGCCGCCAACCCAGCGAUCGGAUCCGGGUUCCACCGGCGGCGGGUCGGGUGAUUUACGGGUUUACCAAACUUGGAAAGGCAGCAAUAUAUUUUUAUUUCAAGGGAGGUUUAUAUUUGGACCAGAUGUAAGGUCAUUAGGGCUGACUAUUUUACUUAUAGUAGCUCCAGUGUCCAUUUUCUGUGUAUUUGUUGCUAGGAAAUUGAUGGAUGACUUUUCUCAUCACUUGGGUAUUUCAAUCAUGGUUGUUGCUGUUGUCUUCACCGUCUAUGAUUUAAUUCUUCUACUACGAACAUCUGGAAGAGAUCCUGGUAUAAUUCCGCGCAAUGCACACCCUCCAGAGCCAGAAGGUUUCGAUGGGAAUGCAGAUGUUGGGUCUGGUCAAACUCCACAGUUACGAUUGCCACGCAUUAAGGAAGUGGACGUCAAUGGAAUCACUGUGAAGAUCAAGUAUUGUGAUACUUGCAUGCUUUAUAGACCUCCUCGCUGCUCACAUUGUUCAAUCUGCAAUAACUGUGUAGAACGAUUUGAUCACCACUGUCCUUGGGUUGGGCAAUGCAUUGGGCUGCGAAAUUAUCGGUUCUUCUUCAUGUUUGUCUUCUCAACAACUCUUCUUUGUAUAUAUGUUUUUGCAUUCUGUUGGGUCUACAUUAGAAGGAUCAUGGCAUCAGAGGAGACAACAGUUUGGAGAGCCAUGAUAAAAACCCCAGCUUCUAUUGUUUUAAUAGUUUACACUUUCAUCUCAAUGUGGUUUGUUGGUGGUUUGACUGCCUUCCAUUUGUAUCUUAUUAGUACAAAUCAGACAACAUAUGAGAAUUUCAGAUAUCGAUAUGACCGUCGGGCAAACCCGUAUAAUAAAGGAGUGGUUGAGAACUUCAAGGAGACAUUUUGCUCCAGCAUUCCUUUAUCCAAGAACAACUUCAGGGUAAAGGUGCCCAGGGAACCUGUGUUACCAACAAGACCUGGUGGUUUUAUGAGUCCAAAUAUGGGGAAGGCCGUGGAUGACAUAGAAAUGGGUAGGAAGACUGUAUGGAGCGAUAUGGGGCCUGGCACUGAUCAUUGUGAAGGGCCAAUUACAAGUGACCGUGUAAAUGUUAAGGAGGGUGAAUUAGGAGAAUUGUCUCCUGAUAUUAGAAUUACUGUAGAUGACACAGGUGACCGUGCUGGCAUACAUCCCAGGCGGUCGAGUUGGGGUAGAAAAAGUGGUAGCUGGGAAAUGUCUCCCGAGGUUCUUGCUUUGGCUGCUAGAGUGGGAGAACCAAAUCGAGCUGUUGGGAGUAGCAGCAGCAGCUUGACAACUGAGAACCGCCAGGCAUAAGCAAUGCUGUGUGAUAUUGACUGUAGAACAUGGAAAUCAUUGCUAAGGUUCCUCAACUUCCCACUUCAAUCGUGUGCAUUACGGGGACAUUUGUUGUUCGCAGGGCGUUUGAAAGUGUUGGUUUGGCCCUUGUACUUUGACGAAGAACUGGUGUGUUGUUGUAUGAGAGUGAAGCUUGUCGGUUUUGUUUUUUGUAUUUGUGAAAUUAGUUAGUUUCUAAUUUGCAUUGACCUUGUGGAUUCAUUGAGUUGUCUUAUAGUGCUCAUUUCACCUCUCUGUA